AUGCGGCAACGUGUGUCACAACGUAUAGCCAAUGAGAGCGUCGAACAACGCGAGCAGCGUCUUCAGGAUAUGCGGCAGCGUGUGUCACAACGUUUAGGCAGUGAGAGCGUCGAACAACGCGAGCAUCGUCUCGGUGAUAUGCGGCAGCGUAUGUCACAACGUGUAGCUAAUGAGAGCGUCGUACAACGUGAGCGACGUCUCGAAGAUAUGCGGCAACGUGUGUCACAACGUGUAGCCAAUGAGAGCGUCGAACAACGUGAGCAACGUCUCGAAGAUAUGCGGCAGCGUGUGUCACAACGUUUAGGCAGUGAGAGCGUCGAACAACGCGAGCAUCGUCUCGAUGAUAUGCGGCAGCGUAUGUCACAACGUGUAGCUAAUGAGAGCGACGUACAACGUGAGCAACGUCUCGAAGAUAUGCGGCAGCGUGUGUCACAACGUGUAGCCAAUGAGAGCGUCGAACAACGCGAGCAGCGUCUCGAUGAUAUGCGGCAGCGUAUGUCACAACGUGUAGCUAAUGAGAGCGUCGUACAACGUGAGCAACGUCUCGAAGAUAUGCGGCAGCGUGUGUCACAACGUGUAGCCAAUGAGAGCGUCGAACAACGCGAGCAGCGUCUUCAGGAUAUGCGGCAGCGUGCGUCGCAACGUGUGAUCAAUGAAAAUAAUGAACAAUAUGAGCUCCGGUUGGAAGAACAAAAACGUCGAGAUAGUAGACGUCGCGCAGCCAUAGAAAUGAACAAUUUACCGACAUAUAAAUGCGCCACGUUUACUCUAGAAGAAAACAUGCGAGUUGAUAUAGAGCAACGGGAAUUUGCUGAUUAUUUAUUGAAGGUAGGCAACGGUGAACUGCCAUUAAACACAAUGGAAGAGAUUGAAUUGCCACAAAACAUCAUAGCAAACAAUAAUCUAAUUGACGAGGUGUUUGGUAAGUUCACGUGUUACUACAAAUAG